AUGUCGGUCGCCGUGCAGACUCUCGUUCAACCUGAUAUCGAAUAUCAUCCGAACUACGAAAAGUAUACCGCACGGGCGGCGCGUAGAAAGGCUACCGAGCAGCUUCCCACAACGCUACCGGAUGGGUUCCCGCAGAAAUUAGAGUCGCCCUUGGUGUGGGAGGGAAAGGACGUCGAGAAGCGGGAUGACUGGAUCUACAAGUUGAACGAUGCACAGCGGAAGGAGAUUGAUGCUGCGCUGAAGAGCUUUCAGGCCCAGAACUUGAGCUUGGGCAAUAUUAACCAGGACACCUUCCCCUUGCCCAACCUCCGUCCCACCCUGCGAUCGCUCUCGAAUGAAAUCCAUAACGGCCGCGGAUUCUUCGUCCUCCGCGGACUCGACAUCGAUCGCUACACUCGGGAAGAGAAUAUCAUCAUCUAUGCAGGUGUCUCAUCGCACAUCGGCAAUAUCCGCGGCCGUCAGCAGGACAGACGGUUUACGCCGGACGGUGGCUCGGUGGUCCUGUCGCAUAUCAAGGAUUUGACGCGCACGAUGUUCCACACGGAUUCCGGCGAUAUCAUUUCCCUUCUUUGUCUCCAUCCCGCCGCCGAGGGGGGCGAAAGCCAGAUUUCCAGCAGUUGGUUGGUGUAUAACAUCCUGGCUAAGGAGAGGCCGGAUUUGAUCCGUACGUUGUCGGAGCCAUGGCCGCUCGAUGGAUUUAAUGACCCCGUAAAGCCCUAUACCACGCGUCCCCUUCUCUACCACCAAAAGGCAACCGAUACCACCCCUGAGCGCGUUCUGAUCCAAUACGCUCGCCGAGCGCUGGAUGCGAUUCACUUCAUAGCCGAGGAACACAGCGCCGCGCUGGAUUUCCAAAAGGGUGACGUCCAGUACAUUAACAACCUGAGUAUUUUCCAUGCGCGGAAGGGGUUCCGGGAUGAGCCUGACAAGGAACGCCAUCUGUUGCGACUUUGGCUGCGCGAUCCCGAGAAUGCGUGGGCGACACCGGAGCCUCUGCAUGAACGCUGGGAGAACGUAUAUGGGAACGUUACGGUGGAGGAGCAGAUUUUCCCCUUGGAGCCGAAAUUGCGAAAGACCGUGGGCAGUCCUCAUUCAAGCUCUGGCGAAACCAUCUGUUCUAAAGAUGUCGAUGUCGAACGCAAAGAUGCCCUCCCGACACAGGAAAUCGAAUAUCUUUAUCUCGAGCUCGAAACGCCGCUGCCCACGCCGCGGAUCACAUUGCCGCCCGGCCCCAACCAGUCCCCCGCACCAGAAUGUCCCGAUAUGAAGCAAUACAUUUCCCCGUUUCUCUGGCCCAAAUGGCGAAAAUCGAUGAUGACAUGGAUUUCCUGCGGCGUGACUGCCUUGGCCGGUUAUUCAGCGGGUGAAGGUAAUCCGGCCUCGACGGAGCUCACAGAGAAAUGGGGGAUCAGUGGUGUGGUAUACAACCUGAGUAUCACCAUCUUUUGUAUAGGGUUUGCCUUGGCACCCAUGGUUUUGGCUCCGUUUUCGGAGCUCAAUGGGAGACGGCCAAUUUUCGUUAUCAGUGGUGUCGUUUUCACAGCAUGUAUUAUCGCUUGUGGUGGAACGCAUUUGUUUGCUGGACUGCUCGUAGCGAGAUUCUUCCAAGGUGUUGGUGCCUCGACGUUCUCAACCAUGGUUGGUGGUGUCAUCAGUGAUAUCUACCAUGCGGAGGAUCGCAACACUCCCAUGGCUCUCUUCUCGGGCGCCGCACUAUUCGGUACCGGUCUCGCGCCACUGUUGUCGAGCGUGAUCGUCUAUCACACCACAUGGCGUUGGAUCUACUACUCGCAUGCUAUCGUGUCAGCAGUCUUCGUUGUUAUCAUCUUCUUUUUCUUCAAAGAAACCCGUGGCAGCGUCAUUCUCAGUCGCAAAGCACACGCACUGAACAAAUAUUAUGAAGCACUUGAAGAUGCAGGCCAUUUCGGCGUAAUCAUGCCGGACGAAUCCGGAGAGAAACAGUGCGUAAAACGGAUUCGUUGGAAGGUCAAGAGCGAUGAGCAACGAGCCUCCCUCGGACAAAUGAUCAGCAUCUCCCUCUAUCGACCCUUUCAUAUGCUUUUCACUGAACCGGUCGUUUUCUUCUUCUCCCUUUGGGCGGCCUUCAGCUGGGCCGUGCUGUAUCUCCAGUUCGGCUCCGUCCCGUUGGUUUUCCAGACGAACCAUGGUUUCAACGUUGAGCAAUCAGGAGCGGUGUUCACAUCGAUGUGCGUCGCCGUGAUCAUUGCCACACUCAUCAGUAUCUACCAAGAAAGGGUCGUGAGCCGAUUCGUGACGCUUCCCAACACCCCAGAGAAACGUCUCUACUUUGCCUGUGUCCAGGCGGUGCUCAUGCCCGCAGGCCUGUUCUGGUUCGGAUGGUCCUCGUAUCCGUCUGUACAUUGGAUCGCUCCGGCUAUGGCGGUCGGGUGUGCUACUAUGGGCAUUCUGUCCAUUUAUUUGGCGGUCUUUAACUACCUGGCUGAUACAUAUCAUCGUUUUGCCAGCUCGGCGAUUGCCGCGCAGUCUUGCUGCCGGAAUCUCCUGGGCGGUGUUUUCCCCCUUGUGACCCAUGCUUUGUUCACAAACCUGGGAUACCCUGCUGCUUCUAGCUUGCUGGGUGGAAUUGGAGCCGCCCUGACACUUGUACCAUGGGUCCUGUCCUUCUAUGGACCCAAGAUCAGAGCGAAGAGCAAGCUUGCCAGCGAACUUGCGCAUUGA